ACAUUUGUUCGUGCAAAAAUGUCAGGAAAGGUUGUACUGUACUACUUCAAUGGGAGAGGGAGAAUGGAGCCCAUCAGGUGGCUUUUAGCUGUUGCUGGUGUUGAGUUCGAGGAGGUUUACGUGACCACCAGGGAGCAGUUCCUGAAGUUAGGGGAUGACGGAGCACUCCUGUUUCAUCAGCUUCCCCUGGUUGAAAUGGACGGAAUGAAGCUUGUUCAGACGAAGGCCAUCUUGAACUACGUUGCUGGAAAAUACAACCUCUAUGGGAAGGAUAUUAAAGAGCGUGUGAUGAUUGAUAUGUACUCUGAGGGUAUUAGGGACAUCAUGGAACUGGUGCUUUAUCUGCCCUUUCUACCUGAUGAUCAAAAACAGGGUCAACUGGAUAAAAUACAAACAAAAGCUGUGAAAUGUGGUUUUCCAGCUUAUGAAAAGGCUCUUGCUCAUUCCCAGUACCUUGUGGGAAACCAGCUGAGUUGUGCAGAUGUGCAUCUUCUUGAGGUCACUCUCAUGCUGGAGGAAUUGUUCCCGACAAUACUUUCCACUUUCCCCAAAAUCCAGGAAUUCCAAAAGAGGAUGAAAGCAAUUCCAGCCAUCAGUAAAUUCUUGCAGCCUGGCAGUCAGAGGAAGCCUCCACCUGAUGAAGUUUACGUAAAAACUGUCAAGAAAAUAUUGAGCCAUCUUUUCGAGUAGAAGACAGAAUGCUCGAUCAUUCAAGCAGUUAAGCUUUGUUGUCCCUUACGCACAAGAAGGGUUAUGCAAGGUUCUUCAUUAUGGAGUAAUUCUGUUUCACGCUGUGUUUUGCCAUUCGGAUGAAAGUAGGUAGUGAAUGAAUAGCUGUUUUUGCGCUACGAAAUGUUCUACGCCAUAUCCACACUGCAAAAAAAUGGCCUUUCAAAAAUAAUAAAUAAAAGAUUAAAACGAAGGCGGCACGGUGGUGUAGUGGUUAGCGCUGUCGCCUCACAGC